ACUUUGUAUCCCACCCCCCAGUUUCUCGUUUAGACAAGAAUUCAUUCACUAUGAUGUCCGCUUAGUUGAGAAGAGGUCCUCCUUGUCCAGCUGCUGUUGCAUGUGUCCGAUUCUCUGAUGAAAACAGAACGUAUUUUUUGACAAGCUUACAACUUGUUUUUAACAAGGUCAAGUGGACUUCGGGACACCCGUCAUUUUUUUUUUUACCGCAAAAGAAAACUCGAGAAUCAUGGAGCCGAAUACCACCGCAGGCGGAGCUGAGGAAGAGCACCAUGGAGACGACCAAUCUAAGGCGACUAAAGUGAUCGAGCCCCAGGACGAACUGGACCUGGCUCCGGGCGCACACGAUGAGGAGGAAGAGGAAGAGCUGGUGGAGCACCAACCCCUGGAGGCAGAGGACCUCAAUUUCGAGAAGUGGAAGCCCAAGCCCAAGCCCAAAAAGACCUUCAGCCAGAAGAUGGCGGAGCUGAAGAAGUUCCUGUGGAACCCUGAGACGCAGGAGUUCAUGGGGCGCUCCGGGAAGAGCUGGAGCCUCAUCCUCCUGUUCUACUCGGCACUGUACAUCUUCCUGGCAGCCAUGUUUGCAGCCUGCAUGUGGGCCCUGAUGUGGUCAAUCAACCCCUACAUUCCCACCUACAACGACAGGGUAAUGCCACCAGGCAUGGUCAUGUCGCCAUGUGGGCUGAACGGAUUUGACAUCUCCUUCAACGCCUCUGACCGUCACUCCUGGGAGAAGUAUGUGAAGGCCCUGGAGGCCUACCUAAAACCGUACGACGACUCCAUUCAGGAGCAGCAGAACAUUCAGUGUGCGCAGGACGCGUACUUCAUGCAGGACGACAAGGAGGAGAGCGCCGAGCGGAAGGCGUGCCAGUUCAAGAGGUCCUGGCUGAGAGACUGCUCAGGGCUGGACGACCCUGACUUCGGCUACUCUCAAGGAAAGCCCUGCGUGCUCCUCAAAAUGAACCGGAUUCUUGGAUACUUACCUGGCCAAGGCACUCCGAUCAAUGUGACCUGUGCUGCUAAGAAAGGAGGCUCAGAGAACCUUGGGGACAUUGAGUUCUUCCCUAAAAGCAUUUUUAACCUUAUGUACUACCCUUACUAUGGAAAGCUGAGACAUGUGAACUACACCAACCCCCUGGUAGCCGUGCGUUUCCCCAGGGUACAGCUCGACACCCACUUCACCGUGCAGUGCAAGCUGAACGGCAAAGGCAUCAUCAACGACUCCCCCACAGACCGAUUCCUUGGCAGUGUGACCUUCUCUCUGGAGGUGGGUGCAUAGGGGGCGCUGUUGCUGACCAGCUGCGGCCGUGAGGCCCAGCGGACCUGACUCUAUAGGCAGGAGUACACCAUGCAGAUGAAGAACCAAGAACACCAGGAGCUGUUGGCGUGGGUACAGCAGUAGAAACGCCUCUUUCCAUCCCCCUGUCUACCCCACCCAGGUCUGACAGCAAUCUUUGAUCCCCUUCUGUAAACUCCCACCCACCCCACCCCAAUAUACACAUGCUCAGUGAUUCACCCUACGCCUUCAUAUGCUAAUAUAAGUUAUCUUCCUGUGACUUGUUUCAACUGCUGAACAAAUGAUCGGUAGCAUAACAAUGACAACAGAAUACCUGAUACUCUGCUUUCUCUGAUUUCCAUUUAUAAAGUUAUACCAUGUAUGUCACAAAUGACAUAGACAUCACCUACUAAUUAUUUUCCGAUUAGUGGUAAUAGCUACAGCAGUAAUUAUGUAAAAUAAGAAAUACGCCAACUAUAUUUUGAAAGAAAAGAGUGUUAAAUUCAGGUUACAUAUCAUAAGCCAGCAUAACGUAUGAUUUGACUGGUUGUGCCUUUGAUACCCUUGACCUGACUAGUCACUAACUGAAUUAACUGGGGGCCAGAUGAGAGGAGUCCCAGUGACAGAACACAGGACUGGAACGGGCGGUUUUUGUUCGUGUCAGGACAACUCUACCGUAUUAAUAGGGUCUCACUGUCAUUGUCUUCCCUUUAUUCCUACAAAAGCAGCAGCCAAUGAGGCAACAGAUGCACUUCACUCAUCUUGUCGUGUUAUUUUCUAAUUGGCUUUAGCGCCACUUUACUUUGAAUUCUCUUUAGCGAUUUCACCCACUCAUAAAAUAACCAUGUGUUUUUCUAAAGUGCGUGUUUUUUUUUUCGUCAUGGUCACAUUCUCUCCACAUGAAAGACUUUAGGUAUAUAGUAGCUGAAACAUUUACUGCAUUAUGCAAACUAUCCCAGUGCACUGCUGUUAUUUUUAUGGCCACUACAAUCCAUUGACAAUUAAUAUUUUCACUAAAAUGUACAUUUUUACAACUUUUGGUUUUUAUCAGAUGUGAAUAAAGGAAUCACAAUCUUUCCAUGUUAGCUGGUACUUAAUGGUCAGUGUGUGCCUUGAUAAAAGUUUAGAUUUCACCCUUUUUGUUUGGAUAUCAGAGUUUGUCCAAAUAUUUGUUUGGAAAAUGACAGAAUUCACCAUUUUAAGUAUUGAGUUAUUUAUCAUUGUUUUUCUCCAAUCAUUAACUUUACAGAGGUUGUUAAUGUUCAUUACGGCACUUGAGGCUAUGAGCUGUAAAGGCUAUGCGUGAAAAUGAAAAGCACAUACAGACUCAGACAUGCACCAACAUUCUGUGGGAAAAGUGUGCCAUCUUAUAUUUAAAACUCCUAAAACAUUGUUCUAGCAAUUCAAGUAAACACAUGGAACUAAAUUGACUAAUUUAAA